UACUACAAAUUAUCAGAAAUUGAUCUGAAAACAGCUCAAGCCAUAGGGGUGCAUGAGCAAUACCUCUGCUUGAGAGAGGCUGGCUUUGGGCACAGACCUAGCUCAGUGAGUCCUUUUAAUCUUUUUAAAUGGAAAGCUCAUUCUUUAACAGUAAUUACUUUCACUUGAAUGAGAUCUAAAAGAUUUAAUUAUGUACAAUGUUUUAAUUUUAAAUUCUAGAUUUAUGUUAUACUAUACAUAAAUAUAUACAUAAAUAUAUAUAUAUAUAUAAAUAUAUAUAUAUAUAUAUAUAUAUAUAUUUACAUAUAUAUAUAUNAUAUAUAUAUAUAUAUAUAUACACUUUUCUUUUCCAUUUAAGUGCCAUGGUAUGGUUAGAGACUUAGAUUGUAAAUUAUUUUUGUGUUAUUUCAUAUAAUAAUGUGACAAAAGUCAAGAAGUUUAAAGAGGAGGUAUCUUCUCUUUAUAAGGCUAGCACUAUCUAUAUAAAGCUUUGCUGCACAAAUCUAUUUUGAUUAAAACCAUGAAACUUCUAAUCUAUAUUGGAACUGUCUGCAUAUUUUUCUGUUUUGCUCUAGGAAGUCUCUGAGCUGACGAUCAAGCGUUUCUAUAUUUCCUUGAUGCUAUGGAAAUUGUGGAGCCAUAACUCUGAAUGGGACGUGGCGAACGCUUUUUUUCAAAAGCGUAGUUUUAUUCAGAAUAUGCGCUCCCUAACUGUAGCUAAUGCUUCAGGCGUUUUUCAUUUCUGCAAGGUAUAAGAUAAAGAUUUUUUCAUUAUAUAUAAUACUGGAAAGUUAUCAAAUUAAGUGUGAAGUGACAUUGCUCUUUUAUGUAAAUUUAUUUGUGGAUGGUAUUUACAUUAAAUAACUAAUUUAGCAGGUGUUGGGGGUGGGAAGAUUGACCAUUGUUUGGGCGCUGAGCCCUGAGGCUAGUCUUGAUUACUAAAAUUGCUACUUGUAUAAAACAUUCAAUUAAAAAACAUUUUUAAAAUUUCUUUUGUCCAGGAGUUAGAAGAGUUCUGGUACUACCAAGUCUGCCUUGAGAAGUUUAUUACAAAUGUAGCUCAUUGUGUGAGCAUAGACUUGAGACCACUAAUGGAAAUCCCUGGCAUUGAAUUGGUAAGCUGCUAAUUGUUAUUUUUUUAAAAAUACUGUUCUUGUAUUAUAUGCCAGAUAUUUAUUUGCACUACAUUUUUCAGUAUGGUAUUGAUACAUAUUACCAUCUUUUUCCCCCAUUUCACUUAUGUACAAUUCUGCUCCUUACCAAAUUAAAACUUUUCAGAAAUAGUUUUUGUAUGGUCUGAAAUUUUAUGACUAAAAACGGAUUUAAAAAAAUGCAAUGGGAAUUGCAAUGUAAAGUUUAAUUGAACCUAAUUAUAAAGAUGUUACAGAAAAUAAUACAAUUAUUUGUGAUUGUCAUCAUUUUUUUUUAAGAAUUAAAAUUUAAUAUGUUUAAAUAACUUAAUUAACAAUAAUGUGUACCUUCAUUUAUAACAUUAUUAAAGUUUGGGGGAUAAAAGUAAAAAUCUGGGUUAUAUAAGCAUUUUAACUAUAUGCUAAUAGUGAUGCCAACUGCCUAUUGCAUCUGUGUAAAUCUUCCCAUUGCUGAUGGCAUACAUUUGACACAUCUUCAUUUAACAGGGAACAGCAAAACGCUUGCAUGCAGCUGGGUACAAGAGUAUUGGAGCCGUUGGUUCUGCUGAUGUAAAGAUGCUUGUCCACAAGAUGAAGGAUGUUUCCGAGCAUGCAGCUCAACAAAUUAUUGCAGCAGCCAAGGUGAUUCAUUUUUAA